CUAAUAUGAAUGACAGACUUUUUUUAUCUGUGCGCUUUCUUAGCGAUUCAUAACAUUCUCGGUCGCAAAUUAAUCCAGCAAAUUACCAAAAUGUUACAAAACAUCCGCUUGUGUCCAAUUGCGACGAUACUCAAAAGAACGAUUCACACAACAGCGGCAUGCAGCAAAUCCCAAUCCGGUCGAUACAAGAUCACACCGAAAGGUGACCGUCCGCUUACGUACGAAAUGGCCAAUCCGCCUCACCAAAUAGCUCAUCGGAAAGCGUGGAACUCCUGGAACACAUCCAACCUCGAAGGAGAACUGCGACCCUCGCAAACCAUGCUGGAGGAUGAGUUCAUCCGUCGGUUCAUGACCGGUACCUGGCACGGGAUGGUACUGUCGGAAGUGAUCAUCAAACGGCAGCACAAUCACAUCCGGAUAGCAGCCAUCAUGCGGCGUGCUAUUACCCCGCGGAAGAUGUACUUCUUGAUCGGCUACUGCGAGGAACUGCUCGCCUACUGGCUGCAGUGCCCGGUGACGCUCGAGCUGCAAACCACAGAAGAUAGGAAGGACGUAAUCUUCAAGUACAUCUAGAAAGGCGUGUUUCCCAAGUUGAGUAAAAAGUAAAAUGUUAAUAAACGGUAAUGA